CAGCCAGUUUCAAGCUUGGAACGGAAUGUGUCAGUCAAGUGUCAAAUUCAUGUGGUGGCUGUGAGAACAGGUUGUUUAUGUAACAGAAGCGGUCUCAUGUUGUAUGGUAGGAUUGAUUUAAAUUCGUUACAUAAUGUUUGAUUGUCUACGUUAUUAGAUCCAGAAACUACAGUGUGUGUUUCUUCUUUGGUAUAAGUAUCUGUUUGAGUCGUUAUUACUUUAUAAUUACUAUGCCUCCAAUUCCAACCCCAAGAAGACCUAUCGCUUAUCUUACAAGGGUUGAAAAAUUCAGUGCGUGUCACAGAUUACACAGUCCACAACUCAACGAUGAAGAAAAUCUAGAAACUUAUGGAAAAUGUAACAAUUACCAUGGCCAUGGACACAACUAUACAGUGGAAGUUACCCUGAAGGGCCCAGUGACUGCAGAUACGGGGAUGGUCAUGAACAUCAAUGAUCUCAAGAAACAUAUGAAUAAGGCCAUCAUGGAACCCAUGGAUCACAAGAAUCUGGACAAGGAUGUUCCUUACUUCAAAAAUGUUGUCAGCACCACAGAGAACGUUGCUAUUUUCAUUUGGAACAAUCUCAAAGCUGAAUUGGAAGAUCCUUCGAUUUUAUACGAAGUCAAAAUCUUUGAAACAGAUAAAAAUGUGAUCUUGUACCGUGGGGAAUAGUUGUUUGAUUUGGGUAUAAAUAAUACUAUGAAGUAAUGGUGCACAAUUUUUAUAUUCUAUACAACAGAUAUUUUUUUAAAUAUAAUUAUUGUACUAUGAAAAUGAAUUAUUGUGUAUACUUUUUAUAUAUACUAUUUUGACA